UGCCCUUUCUUAGACGUAAUCCAACGCGCCUUCGCCAACCGCCGUGUGUUCUUUGCUCUCUCAGUCUCUGCAUCUUCCUCCUCCACUGUUUAAAGAACAUAAAUCCGAACAGAGGCACAGACAUUUCAUUUAAUCUCGGCAUUCAAGAUCUGCAACAGAUUUUUCCACUUCGAGCGAUAAUCGCCAUUGACUUCAAUUACAGAUACAUUACUCACACAGGUACUGUUUGUGUGUAAAUGCUGUUUCAGUUAAGGCAUGCAUAGUGAGUUGUACUAGAUUUUAUGAUUUGAAAUGAUGUACAAAUGGAUUCGAAAUGUUGUUGUAAGUUGUGGUUUAUAUAAGUUUUUGUGUUGGUGAGUUGCGAUUUUUGUAGUUAGGGCUUCUUUUUGCUAGAUCUAAUACUCAAUGGUUUGUGUAAGUCUGUUGUGUUCUUGCCUUUGAAUCUUUUCCCCGUCGACACUUUCUUUGCUCAUGAUAACUAUUUUUUUGCUGAAGGUUUGUGGUUGAUUUUUCCUUUUAGUAGUAGUAAUAUAUAUUUAUUAUGUAGCAGUUCAGAAAUAGGGAUGAAAGAUCAUUGUUUUUUUUGUAUAUUAGUAGGUAACUGCUGAUCUGACUGGAAUUUUGGAGUGAUGUUAAUAUGUAACAGCUGAUGUCUUUCUAUAUCGUAAAAAUUAAGUGUAUGAAGAGUAGUUUCAGGAAUUGAGAAACGAAACUGAGUUGAAUUUGGAAUUUUAUUGAUUCAGGUUGUUGAAGAUGGAGAGAAGAAUUGAUCCUGACGCACCACUUGAUUAUGUCGAACUUCAGAUAUUUCCAAGCCAUAACAGGUAUGAGGCAUGUGUAUCAGUUAGUAAUAGAGCAGAAAAGGUAGCAUCUGGAGACUUGCAACAACUGUUAUCACAUUUACCUCAAGUAAAAGAUUUGUCGUCCCAAAGCUCCAGCUCGAACUUCAAGAUUCUACCACCUGACAAUGUCAACGACUGGUUUACGACAGCCAAAUUGACAAGAUUCCUACUCAUUGUUGGUUCACCCGACAUUCUUAGUAUUGGAAAUGAAAUUUCUCAAUUAGAGGAGACCAGAAAAUUCCAACUUUCAUUGUUUGCAAGGGCUGAAGUUGAUAUGACAUCAUCCUAUGAAUCAAAGAAUGAACUACUGCAAACAGUUGAUUUGAGGCUCUCAGGAUUGAAGGAGAAAUUAGCAGAUGCCCUGAACCAAGCUACUGGUGCUACAUGCUCACCCAAGGAUAUUUCUGACUUGGAAAAUUUUGCUCAUCAUUUUGGAGCUGAAGAGAUAAGGGAUUCAUUGCAAAAGCUUGUAGAAUUGAGCCAAAUCCCAUCACUGGAAGACUCUACAACAGAAAGAAAUGUUUCGGCUUCUCAGUUGAACCCACCUGUAAAAUAUGGUGUCUCCCCAGCAAAAGCUGCACAGAUGGAACGACAGAGCUCAUCAGAUAGCGAAACCUCUUUUUCAAGUGAUGAUGAGCAACCAUCUGCUGAAAGAAGCCGGACUCUUGCGAGAUCUGCGACACCUAGAAGGUCAGCUUCUCCAAUGCGACGAAUCCAAAUUGGACGAUCUGGUCCGCGCAGGGCAGCCACAUUAAGCAUCAAGAGUCUCAACCAUUUUCCAACCAGGGAGAAGACAGCAAAUCAGAGAGAUGUAGCUGGUCACAGUAGUGAAGAGGAUGACUCAGAGAAAUCCAUUAAGCGUAACGCGUUAAGAAUGAGUGUGCAAGAUAAAAUCAGUCUAUUUGAGAGCAAAAAGAAAGAUCAAGAUGUGGACACUCAGAAGCCAAAGACAUUGUUGCCUGCAGCUGUCACAAACAAAGCUGUACUGAGAAGAUGGAGCUCAGGAAUGGGUGAAAGUGCUAUCAAGUGCCUCCAUGAUACAAGUAAUGAAACUUCUUCUCCAGUCAGUCCCAAAGAUGCAGCUCCAUGUGGCAAUGCAGAGUCUUGUGCAAGUCAAAGUUCUGCCAAAACCGCAGAAAACAUCAAAUCAUCUGUGCCCAAAAAUGGUGCUGCUGAGACAUUAGACGUAGAAGUAAAUCCAGAGCAUGAAAGAGAGGGAAGUUGUGAAAAGCAUCCUGCCUCAAUUGAAUGGAACCAACAAAAGGAAGCAGAACUGAACCAGUUGUUCACGAAAAUGAUGGAAAGCAAGCCAGUUAGGCGGCAAAGUGUGGCCAAUGAUAGCAAAAGUAAAAGUUCUCCCAAGGAGAACAGAGGUGGAUUUUAUGAUCACUAUAAGCAAAAGAGGGAUGAAAAGCUUCGAAAGGAAGCUGCUGGAAAGAAAGCUGAGAAAGAAGCCCAAUUUAAAGAGAUGCAUCAAUUUCUUGAUGAGAGAAAAGCUGAGAUGGCUUCCACUAACACGAGUGAUGUUCCUAGAAGACAUUCUACCAUCAAUAAACCCAAAAACCCUCAAAAGAACCCGACCCUGUUGCCAAAUUCCAGAAAGGAACCCUCAAAAGCUUCCAUUGUGAAGAAAGCUACAUCUAAACCAUCUCAUUUGCCAGCUACACGCAAGUCAUGGCCGUCAACCCCAUCACCAAGAGCUACAGAAGCGUCACCUGCUACAACUCGAUCUGGUGUCAUUUCUUCUAGUGUUACACCAACUCGAAAACCUUGGUCUGCAUCAUCAGCUGUUCGUACAAGCACAAAGGUCGAAAAGGUGCAACCUCGAUCAAAGACACUAAAAGCAACUCAACCUGAUGCUAAAAAGACCAUUAAAACUGUCAGUGAGAAGAAGCAGCCAAUUGCAAAAAGUGCACAAACAGCAAAACCGAAAGUCCGACCUCAAGUAGGCACUCCUGUUGCUGCCACCGCUACCACCACCACCACCACCACCACAGCUAAACCCAGUUUUUACAACAAGGUUACUAAGAAAAGCAGUGUGGUCCCACUGGAAACAAAACCUUUCCUCCGCAAAGGAACUGGGAUUGGCCCUGGUGCUGGUGCAGUUGUUGUCAAGAAAGUUGUGGUUGAUCAACCUGAGGAAUCUCUUAGCUCCGGGGAUCUGAUCCAGGCCGAGAAAAAUCAGGUGGUCGAGACUACUGAAUUCACCAGUCAAAAUCAGGAGAAGGAAUGUAAACCACCCGAACCCGUUGCCAAAUUGGACUCAGAAACAAAUGCAGUUAGCCUUAGCCCCACCAAGUGUGAAGAAUCAGAGAGUUCUAAUCAAUUUGACGUUUCUAGCGAUGAUGGUCUUAAAAGGAUAGAAAUGUCUGAAUUUAACACUAUUACUGAAGAGGAAUCAACAAUUUCCCCAACUGCAUGGGUGGAAAUUGAAGAUGAAAAUCGUCAGGAUGAGAUUAUUCAAUGCAAAGAAACCCCCAUCCAGACAGCCGGUUCUGGUCCAACCAAUCUUGAUGCAGUGGCAGGAGUUUCUAGCCCACGGGUUCGUCACUCUUUAUUUCAGAUGCUUCUUGAGGAGACGGGUGAAGCCGACAGUUGUGAAUGGGGAAAUGCUCAGCACCCACCUGCCAUGGUUUACCAAAAAGAUGCACCCAAAGGGUUUAAGCGACUCUUGAAGUUUGCUCGAAAAACUAAAGCUGAUCUAACCGAUGGUUCUAGUCCGUCAAGCAUUUUCAGGAGAGGGUGAGGCUGAAGAAUUUUAAGGUCAAUCAGAUAGAAGUAUAGUGGCUGCGAGGAUCAUCAAAGAUACCAGAAACAUAAGGUGAAUUCCCGUUAAAUUUGGUUGCAAGCUACUGAGAAAUAUAUUUCAAGAAAUCAGUGUUAUAAAAUGCAUUAAGCACAGGUUGAGUCAUACUGUUGGUGCUUCAUGGCCUAAGCACACAGAUUAAGCAGUUCAUUUUCGAUAUAUAAAAUCAUCUUUAGAUUAUAUUAACUAGUUAAAUUGUAAGUUUUC